AUGGAUCUUUCCUUCUCGUCUUUGUUCCAAAGCAAGUUUUCGGUGGCCCGCCUGGCCGAGGCGUUUUUCUGGGUUGGCGGAAGCGUCGCGGCGGCACCCAAAUGGAAGAUGGGCGGAAUUGAAAGAUUUGGCUCCGUCUGUGAAGUGGGGUGGAAAAUGUAUGAGUUCCAUGCAGACGGCACUCAGAUGAUCAAACUCCGAGGCAGCUCCAAAGGUCUCGUCCGUUUCUAUUACCUGGACGAACACAAGUCGUGCAUUCGCUGGAGACCCUCGCGGAAAAACGAAAAGGCUAAAAUCUCCAUAGAUUCCAUCCAGGAAGUGUGCGAAGGGAAGCAGUCGGAGAUCUUCCAGCGCUACGGCGACGGCAGCUUCGAUCCCAACUGCUGCUUCACCAUCUACUAUGGGGACCAUAGGGAAUCCCUCGCCCUGGUGUCCUCGAACGGAGAGGAAGCCCGGAGGAUCACCGGCCUCAAGUACCUGAUGGCUGGGAUCAGUGAUGAAGACAGUCUGUCCAAACGGCAGAGGACCAGAGACCAGUGGUUGAAGCAAACUUUCGACGAAGCAGAAAACGGCGACGGCAGCCUGAGCAUUAACGAGGUCCCACUGAUGCAUAAACUAAAUGUCAACCUUCCCCGUCAGAAAGUCAAGCAGAUGUUCAAGGAGGCUGACACGGAUGACAACCAGGGAACGCUGGACUUUGAGGAGUUCUGCGCUUUCUAUAAGAUGAUGUCCACCAGGCGCGACUUGUACCUCCUCAUGCUCACCUACAGCAACCACAAGGACGUCCUGGACCCCGAGGACCUCAAACGAUUCCUCGACACCGAGCAAAAGAUGAGCAACGUCACCAAGGAACACUGCUUGGAAAUCAUCAACCAGUUCGAACCUUGUCCGGAAAACAGGCAGCAAGGAACCCUGGGGAUUGACGGGUUCACCACGUACAUGCGCAGCCCCGCCGGGGACAUUUUCAACCCCAAACAUUACCACAUCACAGACAUGACUCGCCCCCUGAGCCACUUCAUCGCCUCGUCUCAUAACACCUACCUCAUGGGAGACCAGCUGAUGUCCCAGUCGAGAGUGGACAUGUACGCUUGGGUGCUGCAGUCCGGGUGCCGGUGUGUGGAAGGGUGAGUUGACUGCUGGGACGGUCCAGACGGCGAACCGAUUGUCCAUCACGGCUACACUCUGACCUCCAAGAUCCUUUUCAAAGAUGUGAUCGAGACCAUCAACAAAUAUGCCUUCAUCAAAAGCGAAUACCCCCGUCAUUUGUCCAUCGAAAACCACUGCAGUGUGACCCAGCAGAAAAAGAUGGCCCAGUACCUGGUUGAAAUUCUGGGGGACAAACUGGACUUGUCCACAGUCAACAACGAGGAUCCCAACGAGUUGCCUUCCCCAGAGAGCCUCAAGGGGAAAAUCUUAGUUAAGGGGAAAAAACUUCCGGCCAACAUAAGUGAAGACGCCGAAGAGGGCGAAGUGUCCGAUGAGGACAGCGCGGAUGAGAUGGACGAUGACUGCAAGCUAAUGAAUGGGGACGCUUCUUCUAAUCGGAAACGGGUGGAAAAUCUCGCCAAGAAGAAACUGGACUCGUUGAUCAAGGAAUCGAAAAUCCGGGACUGCGAAGACCAAAAUAAUUUUGCCGUCACCACCUUGUCGUCCUCGGGAAAAUUGGGGAACAAGCCUGACCUUAAGAAGAACAAGCACGAAGAAAACCUGGAAUCUGGGGAAGACCCCAUCCUCAGCAAACGUCACAGCCGGUCCCUGAUGGGAAGCUUGACCAAACGCAAGAAAAAAUCCAGCAAACUCAAAAGGACCCCAAGUUUGGAAGAUGGAGAAGACGACUUUGAAGGCCAAGGAAACCUAACUAGAACUUCGGUCCAUUAUAGCAAAACAAAUCGGCAAAAGAAAACAAUGAAACUCUCCCGGGCUCUCUCGGAUCUGGUGAAAUACACGCGAUCCGUCGGGAUCCACGACGUGGAAUCGGAAAUUUCUUCCAGCUGGCAAGUCUCCUCCUUCAGCGAGACGAAAGCCCACCAGAUCCUCCAGCAAAAAGCGGCCCAAUAUCUCCGCUUCAACCAGCACCAGCUCUCCCGCAUCUAUCCGUCUUCCUACCGGGUGGAUUCCAGCAAUUACAACCCUCAGCCCUUCUGGAACGCCGGCUGCCAGUUGGUGGCGCUGAACUACCAAUCCGAAGGCAGGAUGCUGCAGCUCAACCGCGCCAAGUUCAGCGCCAACGGGAAUUGUGGCUACAUCCUCAAACCCAAGUGCAUGUGUCAAGGGACCUUCAACCCCAAUUCCGAAGACCCGCUGGCCGGCCAGAUGAAAAAGCAACUCGUCUUAAGGAUCAUCAGCGGACAGCAGCUCCCGAAACCUCGCGAUUCCAUGCUGGGAGACCGAGGGGAGAUCAUCGAUCCGUUUGUGGAGGUCGAGGUGAUCGGAUUGCCCAUGGAUUGUUGCAAAGAGCAGACCAGAGUUGUGGACGACAACGGUUUCAAUCCGAUGUGGGAAGAAACCCUGGUUUUCAACAUCGCCAUGCCAGAGAUCGCCCUGGUGCGUUUCCUGGUCUGGGACCACGAUCCCAUCGGCCGGGAUUUUAUCGGUCAGAGGACGAUCGCUUUUACAUCGAUGAUGCCAGGCUACCGACAUGUAUACCUAGAAGGUAUGGAGGAAGCUUCCGUCUUCGUUCACGUAGCUGUCAACGACGUUUGUGGUAAGGUCAAACCAGCGCUGGGCAUAAAAAGUCUCUUUCUCAGAAGUCCAAAGCAAGCCUCCCUCGACAGCCAUGUUGCUGGUCAGCUCAACCGCAAACAUUCCUUUAGCAGCCAGCUGUUACGGCGGACGGCCAGCGCGCCCACCAAGAGCUUAAAAAAGCCCAAGAUCGCCCUGGAUGCCCGAGACGAUCGCUCGGAAGGAGCCAGCAAGGACCCCGUUCCGGACGACGCUUCCCACCCUCGCUUCGACCAAGAAUCCGACCUCCCGCCCCUGGCGCCGUCUCCUUCCCGAGAGGCCGCCGUCAGCCGCACGGACGCGGACCCCAAGGGAUCCAAAGGUAAGGCUCACAGUUUGGGCAGGGAGCAGAGCCGACGCGAGCAGGGCUUCCGGGACGCCACCUUCAGCGAACCCCUCCGAAGAUCCAUCCGGAUCUGCCUCCAGAAAGAGGGCAACGAGACGGGUAGGAUUGGCAUGGCCACUUAUUGCAUGAAGUGCGUGGUCGGCUCCAGCGACAGCCCCGAGUUGGAGGGCCAGUGGAGCGAGCCCGGCGCUGACCAGCCCGCCUCCGGCAAUGGCCACCACUGUGGCUGCUGCGGCAGCUUGGCAGGCGAGGAGCAGGUGGAGCUAAAAGCGUGGGGGAUCCAGGAACAGCCCCGCGCCCGCUCCGAUCUGCAUCUGUGCACCGGCUACGGGGCUACUAGGAGCCUGCCCAGAACCUGCCAGCCCUUCGGGACCUCAGGGAAGAAAAAGGGGGACUCGGCAUGUCUCGGGGCCAAGGACCACCCCUGGCACCGGUGGCGGUGCGCUCCGCCCGGCGGCAAAUACCGAAGCACUGUCAACCUGGUGAGCUCCAACAACAACGGCUCGGUGUCCUCCAGCUCCAGCAGCCUAGACAGCCUCGAGAGCCCCGAUUUCUCCAAGGGCUGGCCAGAGAGCGCCCGCAAACAGGCCGGCACCCUUCAGCGGGAAAUGAAUGCCUUGUUUUCGGAAAAAAUGGAGGAAAUUCGGAGUAAAUCCCCUAUAUUCUUCACCGAUGUCCACCAAUUUUCCAUGUACCGGUCGGCCCCUUCCUUAUGCAGCCUGCAGACCAUCCACGAAGAGCCCCUCGCCGCCAACGAGAACCAGCCUUCCAGCAGUUCCUGCUUCCUUCUGCCCACCCGCCCCGUCAGCGAAGACCCCAAAGAAGACUCUGUGCCUCGUCCUUCUCAGGAAGAAGUUCCAGAUGGAAGCGACCACCCUGGGUGUCUUGAGAGAACUUCUCGUUUGCGCCACCACCCGGGUUCGGAGAAGGUGCUUCUCGCUCCCAGUGUCUCGGAAGAAGAAGAAGAAGAAGGGAUGGGAAGCACCAAAGAAGAAGAAGGGUGGACAAGAGCUCCUUGCCACGGAGGUCUUCUCCAUUCUCAAGGGCAGCACGCGUCGGACAAUUGUUGCCUCCACCCGGCUGGAAAUGGCCAGAAGAAGACCAGCAGGUUGGUUCAACAGACGACAAGCAAUGAGAAGAACAGAGUUGGACCAUCAUACCAAAGCGAAAGGGACAGCAGCACCCCGACAACUCCACUUCGCACUGUCCUGGUCUCUGUGCCUCCGACUGUUGUGAGGAGAUCGAAGGAUGAAGGAUACAAGCGGUGCAAGCACGGAGUCUCCCUGAAGCAUCCUGAUGACUGUUCUGCGCCGGAAGUUUAUUGGGAUGCCACGGUCCAUGACCGGAUCUGGAGCAAGCUUGAUUUCAGUACCCACCAGGACAGCAUGUCCUCCUCUUCCAGCAUGUCUUCCAAUGAUACCGUCAUAGACCUCUCCUUCCCCAACCUUGCCCGGAAAAGCCUUCCGGACCUCGGUCCUCCUAAGACCUUGGAUGCCGUCCCUCAGAGAAGAAUCGUGAGGCCCUGGUCUGCCAGCGCGGCCUCUGGGCGUGAAGCCCCCACGGUGACCAAGAGCAAGUCCAACCCCAACUUGAGGUUGGACCAACCCAUGGAAGAUGACUUGCGCCCAAGGCCGCUCGGAUUCUCCUCGGUAUCCAGAAGGCACACCUGGAACCGGUUGUACAUGGAGAGCCUCAAGCGGUCGUGCCUGAAGCCAGAAGAGCAGAAGACCCUCGACGCCAACCCCAUGAAGUCCAGGAGCCUUGGAGACCUCACCUCCGAUGACAUCACAUCCACUUCGGAGAGCAAGUACCGGAUCAUCCGCCGUAGCUUCGCCACCCGUUCAGUGAGCGCCCAUCGUGGGGCCUCCAAGACUUUGUCCGGGAGAUCUCCGGACGAGCUGACGGAGCGCCUGAAGAAGCUCACCUUUUUCCAGCAGGAGAACGACAUCACUUCCCCCACCUGUCUGGAACUUCCCAAGGCUGAGGAAGAAGAGGAGGGGGAGGAAGAAGAAGAGACCGUCCUGAUCCGAAGGUCUUCUUCUCGGAGUCAAAGCAGGGUGAGAUACAUCGCCAACCGAGCCAGACAAGCCCAGGAAAGGCAGAAGCUCAAAAGUUUGGCCUUGAACCAGGGGAGUCCCAUCGAGGAGCGGGGCAUCCCCGAAGGAGCCUGCUGUUUUCCGGGGGGGCCCUACACGGACCCGGCUGCCCCCGGAUUGUUUACAUCCCAACUCAAGAACCCGACGGGCUUGAAUCCCGAGACCGAAGUCGUCUUCACCUUCAGGCUCUGACGGUGGGAAGGGCUGAACCAGAAUCGAUGUUUACAGUCCCCCUUCCCCGGUUUUCUUUAAAUAUAUAUAUAGAUAUAUAUAGAGAGAGAUAUGCCUAGUGCAGAAAACCCUCGUUCCAUGAGGGAGGACACUCCUCCACCACCACCUCUUCCUCCUCCUCUCCUCCUCCUU